AUGUCGAAUAUUAUAGGAGAUGAUGGGAGUUUCUCAUCUGGAGAAGUCCAACAACUGGAAAACCUGUCCCAUGGUGCCGACUCUACGAAUGGCUCAAGCUCUAGGAAACCGCCUUCUAAGAAGAAAAGAAACUUACCAGGAACUCCAGAUCCAACUGCAGAUGUUAUUGCUCUAUCACCAAAAACCCUAAUGGCAACAAACAGAUUUGUGUGUGAAAUAUGCAACAAGGGAUUUCAGAGAGAUCAAAAUCUGCAACUGCAUAGAAGGGGUCAUAAUCUUCCCUGGAAGCUUAAGCAAAGAACAGUCGAGUCGUUGAGAAAACGUGUUUAUAUAUGUCCGGAGCCGAGUUGCGUGCACAAUAAUCCAACGCGUGCAUUAGGCGAUCUCACUGGAAUCAAGAAGCAUUAUAGCCGGAAACAUGGAGAGAAGAAAUGGAAGUGUGAAAAAUGUUCAAAGAAAUAUGCAGUGCAGUCUGAUUGGAAGGCUCACCAAAAGACUUGUGGAACUAGGGAAUAUAAAUGUGAUUGUGGAACCAUCUUCUCCAGGAGAGAUAGUUUUAUCACACACAGGGCUUUCUGUGAUGCACUGGCUGAAGAAAACAACAAAGUUAUGAACCAAAGCUUGAUAUUACCAAAUUUUCAUACCCAAAUGCCAGAUCAAAUUUUGUCAAAUAUGCCCAUAAACAGCAACACAAACGCAUCCAUGGAAUUAUCAGAAUUCACCAAUCCCCUCAAAUCAAUCCCUCCAGAAAUUGUCCCAAUAAUGCCAUUCAAAUCUAUGAACAAUGCGGCAGCAGGAGGCAUGUUUUCCAGCAAUUCUGGCAAUCUCUUUGGGAAUACAAGAGGCGUUCCCUCACCAUCAUCAUCAGCCCUUCAGCUCAAUAAUGGUGGCCAAAUUUCAGGAUCAUCAGCCAAUAUGUCUGCCACUGCAUUACUGCAGAAUGCAGUCCAAAUUGGUGCAACUUCAAGCAAUAGUACUAUGACCUCUCCAAUGAUGCAAAAAAGUUUUGUAAGCAGCAUGGCAGGAUCUGAUCAACUCUCUGGAUCAAGAACUUCGUCGAAUUUACACCAAAACAACUCAUUUGACAAUGUGCAUAACGAGCAAUCAAAAGGGGCUUUUAGUACCCAUCUUUUACAGAAGAGCCCACAAGAGUUGUCUCAGUUGUUCCAUUCUGGGACUGGUGGCUCAGUCUUGAGUGACAUGGUGUUGAACGGCGGAAUGCUGGUGGACAGUGAUCCGUACUCUGCUGGUUUCUUGAAGAAAGUUACAGAACGAGAGGAUAGUGAACUUUCUGGCAUUGUGCAACGAAGAAUGGCUAUGAGUAGGAGCCCUACAGGGAACUCCAGGUUGGGACAUAGUGAUAUGAUGACUCUGGAUUUCUUAGGGGUUGGGGGAUCCAAGGGCCCCCAAAAUCUGCAUGAACAGAGCUCAGAAAUGGAGGGUUUAAACCAACAGAGAAUGCAAGUAAUGCAGCCUUUGCACCAAAUACAGCUCUUACAUGGGGAUUCUGAUAUGGAAAAACCCUUGUGGGAUAUGUGA